AUGAAAGAUAUUUAUUGGAAAUAUUUUUAUGGAGUUAUCACAUGUUAUAUCCUUUUAUUACUUAAUUGUACUAAUGAUCAAAAUUUGUGUGAAUAAUUAUAUUAUUCUGAAACUUAAUAAAAGCAUUUAAAACAAUGUGUUUAAUUUACUGCUUAAACCUCUAAGAGAAUCAAUUCGAAUCAUAACUCAAGCUUUUUAAAGAGUAUAAUACUGAAAAUUAAAUAACAGCGUACCUUUGCUAAAUCCCGAUCUACAUAAUUUGUAGACAGGACCCAUCAGAGAACUCCAUUUCAUUAUAAAUCAGAAAGAGAGAAAGCAUAAGCAGGUUAAGAUGAGUUUCUGAGUGGACAAUUAAAGGCAGGUCCAAAUGUGAAACUACCUUUGAAUAUGAGGUAUAAGAUAUUGGCUAAAGAAAAAAUACCUCUAACGAUUGGUAAGAACCCCAGGACUGAGAAUAAAAGAUUGCAAGAACAGGGAAAAACUCAAAUUAAAUUGAUCACACAUCACGAAAUCUGA